AUGAUAUCAAAUCUAAUUUUCAGAAGCAAAUUCGGAACAGCUAAUGCUCAAGGCACAGGCGGGAAGCUAACUAACGCUAAAAUUACAAUAGUUAAGCACAAAAACACAAGACCCCACAAUUUCAAUGACUAUAAGAAACUAAAGGAGAACAUUUCUUCAUUGAAAAAGGACGAGCAAAAGGGACAAUGCGCUGACCGAGGAGUUGGCAAGCUUGUCGGACCCGGUGCGAUGGCCAUCGGAGGUCGAGAGGGAGUUCGAGAAGCUUCUGCCAGUAAUCGGACGCGAGAGGAAAAGAUUUUUCACCGACGAACUCGCCAAUCAAGUACUCGGCCGUCUCGUGCGGCCGUGCUCCGCCGGCGAGUCGAGGCGUUGAUGGCACUCCGCCCAUCCUCGAUUCCUACUUCAAUUCAAGCAUUGGAUCUUCUGUCUCAUCUCAAUUAA